UUUUAUAGGAAGUGCCCGACAGUCCAUCCGGUUGUCGAGUGGGGGGACUGAUCUGACUUGGGGAAAGCUUUUGAAAUAUUGGGAUAAACAAAUUCUAAAUGCAUGAAUUUGUCUUGCUCGGUAUUUUGUCCACCUGCCGGCCUCACGUGAAUGACGCCAGAAACGCAUCUAGAUCGAUAGAAGAGCCCCAGUAGAGUGUAAGCUGCCUGGUCCCUCCCCACAGGACCCCUCCUGGACCCCCAGCCAUGAACAAGCAGCCCAGUAAAGAGAGUCUGAAGGACAAGGUAAAGGGGAUAUUUGGUUUGGGAUCCCCUCGACCCCCCAGCAAGCAGACAGAGAGCAAGCCCUCAGAGUUCAUCAUCACACUGGAUAUACUCAGGGAGCUGCACCCUGACUGUGGCCUUAGCAACAGAAUCCGGGUUGCUAACCAUGUCUCUGACCUGGCCAAGGCCAAGAAGUUUGAGGAGCAUGCAGUGGAAGCCGUAUGGAAGGCGGUGGAGGAUAUGCUGACUCCAGAACAGCCACCUGAAGCUAGACAUGCUGUCCUGCUGCUCCUCAGAGCUGUCAUACAGGGACAGGGUGAGCGUCUGGGUCCUCUGCGGGCCUUCUUCUUCAAGGUGAUCAGAGACUACCAGCCGUCCAAUGAGGACCUGUCUGACAGGCUGGAGGUGUUCAAGGCCCUGACGGAGAACGGGAAGGACAUCACGUACCUGGAGGAGGACAUCGCUGGGUUUGUCCUGCUGUGGAUGGACAUUGGUCUGACCGCUGACUUCCUCCACGUCCUGGUCAACCUGGUCAAGUUCAACAGCUGCUACCUCGACCAGCACGUAUCUGUCAUGGUCCAGAAGAUCUGUCUGCUGUGUAACCGGACAACAGCCUCGACAGACAUUGAGGUGGCUCUACAGGUGCUGGAUGCUGUGGUGUGUUAUAACUGCCUCCCCUCUGACUCCCUCACCGUCUUCAUCAUCACUCUCUGUCGCACCGUCAACGUCAAGGAGUUCUGUGAGUCCUGCUGGAAGUUGAUGAGGAAGGUGUUGGGGACUCAUCUGGGCCAUAGUGCCAUAUACACCAUGUGCCGUAUCAUGGAGGAGAGGGCGUAUAUGGAGGAUUCUCCGUUGCUGAGAGGAGCAGUGUUCUUUGUAGGGAUGGCUCUAUGGGGGGCGCACCGUCUCCCAGCCUUAAAGAACACCCCUACCCUGGUCCUCCCAUCAUUCUAUAAGGCGAUGUGGUGUGCCAACGAGAUGGUGUCGUAUGAGAUUGUUCUGUCCGUCACCCGACUGAUAAAGAAGUAUGGCAAGGAGCUCCAGGUGGUCACAUGGGACAUACUGCUAGGGAUCAUAGAGAGGUUACUACAGCAGAUUCAGUCGAUAGGCAGUGCAGAGCUGAAGUCCAUCGUGUUUGAGCUGCUGACUACAGUGGAGGAGCUCUAUGAGCAGAACGGCUUCCAUGGAUCAUCUGACAAGUUCUUCAGUCUGGUGGAGAAGUGUGCUGACAAAAGACCUGAUGCGUCGGUGCUGACUCUGAUAUCGUACCGGGCCCAGUCCAUCCAGCCAGCUAAAGACGGGUGGAUCCAGAGCCUCCACCGCCUUAUGGAGAAGUUCUUCAGGAAUGAGAGUCGUAGUGUGAUCAGGAUCAAAGUGCUUCACAUCCUCUCCUUUGUCCUCAGCACCAACCGCCAGCUCUACGAGGAGGAGCUGAUCGAGGUGGUGGUGGUUCCUCAGCUCAGUGGGAUAGCAGAGGACAGAGACCUGGCUGUGAGGAGACAGGCUACCCAGCUACUGGUGGACCUGGCUGAGAGCUGUAGUACACACCACUUCACCAGCCUCCUGGACAUCAUUCAGAGGGUGGCGAGUCGUUCGCUGGUGUGCCCAGGGCCCCUGGAGGUGUCGGAGAGAGACCCCACGGCAGAGUCCCCCAUGGAGGAUGUCAGGACGGCUAUACGAGGCCUACUGGAGAUACUGCAGAGUAAGCUGUACAGCCUGCCAGCCAGCCACGCUAGUCGAGUGUACGAGCUGCUGAUCGGACACCUGCAGCUGCACUACAAGAACAAGUACAGCUCCGCUCUGGCCUGCAGCAUACGACUACAGGUGUUUGGCUUCCUCCUGAUGAUGAGAACGGACUCCCUCCACCGUCUGGGGUUCCUCAGUAAAGACGGGGUUCUGAGGUUCAGUCCGUACUGCCACUGUGACAUGGGGGAGCCAGAGAAACGAGGGAGUGAGAAGAAGCCUGCAGGCUCAGUGUCUCCCCCUGCUGGCAGUCCUGCCCCCUCCUCCUCCUCCUCCACCACCACUACUCCCUCCUCCACCACCACGACUCCCUCCUCCUCCAUCCGUACAGCCUGCCUGCCCUACUCACCUGCCUUUAAUGUGCUGCUACAGUGCCUGAAGAUGGAGACAGACUGGAAGGUGUUGAAGCUGGUACUAGACAAGAUGCCCUGGACCCUGCAGUAUAAAGUCCUGCUGCUGUCCUCUCCCUGCAGCAUAGACCAACUCUGUUCUACACUCUGUUCUAUGGUGACAGACCGUCUUAUCUCAGAGCGUCUGAAGAAGACUCCAGAUGGUUUCAGUCGUACUGAUGUCCAGCUGGCUGUAGUACCUGUUCUCACUGCUAUCACAUCAUACCACAACUACCUAGAACAGGCCAGACAGAGGGAGUUGGUUCAGUGUCUGGAAGCAGGGCUGAUAUAUCGCUGUGCCAAGCAGUGUGUGGUUGCCCUGACGAUGUGCACCGUGGAGAUGCCUGACAUCAUGAUUAAACUCCUCCCCGCCCUCAUCGUCAAGCUGACGCACAUCUCGGCAACCGUCGCCAUGGCGUCGCCCAUGCUGGAAUUCCUGUCCACUCUGGUGCGGCUGCCACAUCUCUAUGCUUACUUUGUAGCAGAGCAGUACGUCAGUGUGUUCGCCAUCUCCCUGCCCUACACCAACCCCUCCAAGUUUAACCAGUACAUUGUGUCUUUGGCUCACCAUGUCAUCUCCAUGUGGUUUAUCCGCUGCAGACUCACCUUCAGAAAGGACUUUGUGCAGUACAUCACCAAGGGUCUGCGCUCUAAUGCUCUGAUGCCGUUCGAUGACACCCAGGACACUCAGAGCAGCUUCCGUGCUCGCAGCACCAGCCUCAAUGAGAGGCCCAAGAGCCUACGGGCAGCCAAAAUGGCGAAGGCCCACCACCAGCAGCAGCAGGCGUCAAUGGCAGCAGGUGUCGCGGCGAGUACCGGCUCUCCCGUUAAAGAGCUGAGAGAUCUGUCGGCCAUGGACGCCUUCCGCUCCCGAAGCAUCAGCGUCUCCGAGCACGCGGUGCGCAGGAUGCACACCUCCAGCACCACGUGUAGUCUGGGUUCAUCUGACGAGAACACCGUGAGCCAGGCAGACGAUGGGUUAAAGACCGUCCACCUGGAGUUAACGGAGACCUGUCUGGACAUGAUGGCCCGAUACGUCUUCUCCAACUUCUCAGCGCUGCCCAAGAGGUCUCCUAUAGCAGAGUUCCUUCUGGCGGGGGGUCGCAGUAUGACCUGGCUGGUGGGUAACAAGCUGAUCACCAUAACGACCAGUGGUGGGGUCAGGAGCCAGGCCCUACUGGGAAUGGACAUGGCUGAGAGGCUGGGAGGAGGGGGAGAGAUGACCAGGUCAGACCCCUCCCUUCACACCCGUCAGACCAAAGAGGCUCCGGCCAAACUGGAGUCCCAGUCCAGUCAACAGCUCAACAGAGCCUCACGCAUCAGAGUACGAUCCAUGUCAGGUGGCCAUGCCCUCCGUGCAGGUCCAGCCCAGAGCCUCAGCCCCCUGGUCUCACCCUCUGAGGGAGGAGAGCUGUGUGGUGUCCCCCUCUCUCCCCCCUCCUCCUCCUCCGGCCCCUGUCUGGAUGGCCUGGAGCCCCCCUCUCCUUCCCCCUGUGCUCCCCCUAAGGACCCCCUCAAAGACAAGCCGAGCCUGGCAGAGUUCCUGCCCGUUCUGACCCAGGGAUGGGCCGAGAUCUUCAUACGCAGACCCUCAGGUAACACCAGCUGGUUGAUGUGUCUGGAGAACCCUCCCAGUCCCUUCUCCUCUGAGCUGGGUAACAUGCCUCUCCAGGAGCUGUCCUCUGUCCUCAUGGCCAUGGAGGGGGUCAAGGAGCCCCCCACUCAGACUGCCAGCGCCCCCGCCAGCACAGCCACCCCCGCCCCGACCCCCGUAGCCCUUAACCCCCCUGGGCCCAUCCAAGGGGGCAAGCCUGGACUCAUCCAGCGCUCUAACACAGACUCUGUGGUAGUGCUAGAGGGGACAGGUGUCAGGGGCCACGUAGACUACCCCUCUGAUUGGCCAGAGGCGGAGAAGUUUGAGGCCAUGCCCUCUGAACCCAUCUACAUCGCUGCUGACAAGUUCACCAAGGCCCUGCCCCCUAGAACACUCAGCAGGUCCUCCUCCAGUUCCAGCCAGGAGGAUGAGAAGUCCACCUUGGAGGAGGUGAGUGGGGGUUCAUCCCCAUCGACCAGCCCCCUGGCCCCCUCCACCCCGGGCAGCCAAGGCCCAGAGCUCCCCUUCCAGACCCAGAACCAGCCUGCGACCCAGACCCUCAACAAGUCCAGCUCCUCCCCUGAGCUCCAGACCCUACCAGAGGCCUUCCCCAAGACCACAACAGGACCCGGGGCUGGAGAAGGAGAGGCACCCGGGGUUCGGUCACCCUCGGAGGGGAAGAGCCAGCCACAACAGCCCCCGGCGGAGAGAGAAGUGGAGAGUGGAGGAGGAGGGGUGAACAGACAGAAUCCGAGUGGGGACACCACUCCAGUGACAGGGGGGUUGUCUGGGACAUCGGGAGGAGGUUCCUCGCAGGGAGCCAGGAUGAGGUUGGAGUUCCCAGCGCCCCACCAGCCUGGACCCCUCUCCCCCAGCGGAGGGCAUCGUCCCAGGGGUCACACCAUCUCAGUGUCGGCCCCCUCCUCCAGGAGAGAGAGGAUAGGGGGAGACGCGUACCACACCACCCGGCCCGGACCCACCAACACUGAGAAGACCAGUGGACUCAGUCCCAGUUUUGUGUUCCUUCAGCUCUACCACUCUCCCUUCUUUGGCAACGAGGCCAACAAGCCUCUCCUGCUGCCCAAGUCUCAGCUGAUCGACAGAGCGGUGAAGGUUCUGGACCAGAUGCCUCCGUAUGAUACCCAUAAGAUUGGAGUGGUGUUUGUCGGAGCUGGACAGGUAUUCAACGAGGUAUCCAUCCUGUCUAAUGAGUAUGGUUCUAACCGCUACGCUGGCUUCCUGACCGGCCUGGGGAAGCUGAUCCACCUGAAGGACUGUGAUCCAGACCAGAUCUUCCUGGGGGGUCUUGACCAGUAUGGAGAUGACGGGGAGUUUACCUACUGCUGGCACGAUGACAUCAUGCAGGCCAUCUUCCACAUAGCCACCCUGAUGCCCAACAGAGACAGUGAUAAGGGCUGCUGUAACAAGAAGAGACACAUUGGAAACGACUUUGUUAUGGUGGUUUACAACGACUCAGGAGAGGAAUACAAACUGGGGACCAUCAAGGGUCAGUUUAACUUUGUUGAGGUGAUCAUUAAGCCUCUGGACUACGGAAGUAACCUGGUCACCCUGCAGUGCAAGAAAGAUCUGGAGGGUCUAGUUGACACCAGUGUAGUGAAGAUCGUCUCAGACCAAAACCUUCCAUUGCUGGUACGACAGAUGGCCCUACACGCUAACAUGGCAUCUCUGGUCCACCAGUACAGAGCAAACCCUUCUGAUGCCUACGCCUCCAAGUGGCUGGCCAGACUACGACACAUCAAGAGACUCAGGACAAGG